AUGCGUCGUUGUUCGCACAGUGAGGCCAUCUAUCCGUUGAUAACGCACGUGGGAAUUGCCGUGAGUGUGUACACAUCAGGUGGUAAGGACGACAUCCUCAGGUACUGUGAAGCACUGCAUGAGGACACGGCGGUGGUAGUGAUGGUGGGAGGGGACGGUACGCUGCACGAAACGCCCCAUCUGUGCAUUGUGCCUUGUGGAAGUGGCAAUGCCGUGGCCAAUUCACUCAGCGGACUGCAGAUGAGCGUGUGCAACAGUGUGCUGUCGCUGAUCCAUGGCACCACCACAGACACCACCCCCAUGAGCGUCACCCUUCCCACCACAGCCACGGAGGAGACUACGGUGUAUUCCACCUGUGUGCUCAGUUGCGGGUUUCAUGCCAAGCUCAUCGAACAAUCAGACCGCCUCAGGUGGUUCGGCAGGAGUAGGUUCACCAUGGUAGCGGCGAAGCUACUGAUGUGGCCACCAAACACUGACACGGUUGUCAAGCUGUACAGGGCACGUGACACGUCCAAGGGCGAGCACGUGCCAAUGCGAGACACGCACACGGCAGAGGCACCGGAGAAGGACGCGUGCAGCAGCCAGGACUUUACCACGCUGAACGGCCAGUUGAGAUACUUUAUCGCUUCUAAGGUGGCUGAAUUGGAGCCAGGGUUUACUAUAGCUCCGUACGCGCACGCCGCCAUGCGAGGGAUGGAUAUCCUCGCAGUUGAUGAGGUUGCGCCAGACUCCACUUCUUUGACCACCAUCCUGGGUGCUGUUGGUAAAGGCGAUAGAGGUUCUGAACAUCUCGAUCUCUACGGAGCGGAGGUGCAAUGCUUGCGCACCGAAAAGUUCGAUAUAUAUCUGGGCAAGGACAACGGCUUAGUCUGUGUUGAUGGAGAGCUCUUCCGCAUACCCCCAUCGGCCUUUCACGCUCCCUGCCGUACUGGAGCUGACCGAAUGACAGUCACACAGUGUGAUGCCUCCGCCUACAGUGUUCCGUGUUGUGAACCGAUAGCUGGAUACAGUCGGCCAAUUAAAGUGCGCCCCUCGCCUGUGAAGAUCACCAUGUACUGUGCGAAGUAAUAAAGAUCUUGCAGAUGCAAGGCAACGGUAA